GAAUCAUACAAAACAGGAAAUGAACAAAGCGCAUCACAAGCCACCAGCCUGGUGGCUCCAUUUUCUAGCUAGCGUUGAACUUUAGUUGUUGUUCAUUAUAUAGUUGUUAGGACAGAUUUAUUUCAUUUUGUUGGACCGAAACGACACAUUUUCAAGAUGGGGGGUGGAGAUCUGAACUUGAAAAAGAGCUGGCAUCCCCAGACUAUGAAAAAUAUUGAGCGUGUUUGGAAAGCUGAACAGAAACACGAGGCUGAAGUCAAGAAGAUUGAGGAGCUCCAGAAAGAACUGAAAGAGGAACGAGCCCGAGAAGAAAUAACAAGAUUUGCACAGGAAGCCGGUUCCAUCAAAAAGAAGGAUGAUCGCCUGGACUGGAUGUACCAGGGCCCUGCUGGUCAGGUGUCCAGAGAUGAGUAUCUGCUGGGACGUUCCAUUGACAAGCAGAUCACCGACCAGUACGAGGAGCCCGAGAGCGGUCCGUCGGCUGAGACCGGCCUCCUGCCUGGGUCCAUUUUCAACCCCACCACUCCUGCCUCCAACCUCGAUUUGGCUGCCAAGAUCAGGGAAGAUCCCCUGUUUGAAAUCAGGAAACGUGAGGAAGAAAAGAAGAGGGAAGUCUUGAGUAAUCCAGUGAAGAUGAAGAAAAUCAAAGAAAUGCUGCGCCAGAAUCUCGACAAGAAAGACAAGAAGAAGAAGAAGAGGAAGAAGGAAAAAAAGGAGAAGAAAGGAGACAAGGAGAGAAGAAAGGAGAAGAAGCAUAAGAGAAGGAGUUCAAGAUCGAGCUCAGAUGAGGAAGACGAGAAAAAACACAGGUCACAUUCACGAAAUGAAUCUUCAGGAGACACCAAAUCUCGUUCCCAUCAUAUUCCCGGCUAUGGUCUACAGCUCCAUGCUGGCAGACAUCACCAGUCCUCAGCUCCCUCCAAUAACUUGGGGCGGCGCGACAGAAGUCGCUCCCGAUCGCCUCCUAGGAACAACAGGGAGAAUCACUCCAGCUCGUCUUCCUCACACAGAAGCGACAGGAAGGUUGAGCCCAGAGCUUCCAGCCCACAGAGAGAGCGUAACCACAGACAGAGGCACCCUGUGUCCAAGAAGCUCUCUGCAGAAGAGCUGGAGCGCAAGAGGAGUGAGAUGAUGGACCAGGCCAAGCAGAGGGAGGAGGACAGGGAGAAUAAUGUGAAGAGAUACAGGAAGCAGGACGAGCAGGAAAAGCUGCGGGAGCAAAACACCAAGCGUGACCGCCAUGCUGGAUUCAUUCAUAACAUGAAGCUGGAGAGCGCUGCCAGCUCUUCCUUAGAGGACAGAGUGAAGAGGAACAUCCACUGCAUUCAGAGGACGGCAGCCUCCCUAGACAACUUCAUGAAGAGAUGAAGACACCAACAUAUUUAUCAUACAGACGAACCGAACUGAUUGAAAAGGCUUGACAAGCCACCCACUCCUUUAUCUGUCUCUUUAAUGUAUUGAAGCAGGUGUGUAUGUAGUAAUGCAUUGAGGAUGGAUGGUGUGGUGGGAAUCUGUCAUGAGUUCCACAUGGCUCUAUGCCAAUCCACAUGGCUUUUAUUUUGAAAAAAUGUUUCCACAAUGGUAACAUCAUUUAUAUUUCAGACUAUCGUGGCUGAUUUGUUCUAGUUACUCUUUAAAAGCCAAUAUGUUCAUGUGAUCUGAACUUGUACAGUAUAUUGUUGUAGUUUUUACAGUAUAAUAGAUCCUGUUUUUAUCUAAUACGUUUUUGUAAUAAAUGUUUGUUUAUUACCCAUCAGUGUACUCCUGUGAGUGGCAAAUGGAAUAAACAGUUCCAGAGCUCCAUUAUUUGUUUUUGCUUUUUAAAAUAAAAUGAUGUUGUAGAUGGAGA